GAGGAGAUUUCCCGCGGCGCAAGUCAAGAGCGGCUGUUUUUUUUUUUUUUGUCUUCGGCGCCAAGCCAGCUCGAGCUCCUCCGCCGACCACCGCCUCUUCUUCAAAUACUCGACCCAACCGGAGGAAUCCUCUUCGUCUCCGACUCCAAUUCAAUUUCAACCCUCGUCAAACUCGAAAAACAUAACAAGAAUCCCCUCGAAUUUCAGCAGCUUCAGGCCCGAUCAGUGUAAUCAGAGAGAAGAGAGAAUGGGAGGAGGAACGGAGGCUUUCCCAGAUUUGGGGAGGCAUUGCCAGAACCCGGAUUGCAAUCUCCUCGAUUUCCUUCCUUUCACCUGCGAUGGUUGUCGUAAGGUGUUUUGUGUGGAGCACAGGUCGUACAAGUCCCACGAGUGCCCGGAAUCGGACCACCGGAGCCGGAGGGUCGUCGUCUGCGAGGCCUGUUCGGCGGCGAUCGAGACCACCGGGGAAGACGAGAAGACGGCCCUGGAGAGGCACGAGGGGUCCGGGGACUGCGACCCGAGGAAGAAGAAGAAGAAGCCGGCGUGCCCCGUGCGCCGUUGCCGGGAGGUGCUGACGUUCUCCAACACCAGCACGUGCAAGGCGUGCGGACUCAAGGUGUGCCUCAGGCACCGUUUCCCAGCCGACCACGGCUGCGGAGCGGGCGGCGGCGCCCGAAGUGGAGGGCGGUGGAAUGAGAAGUUCAUGGCGGCGCUGGCGUCGAGGGGCGCGGAGGCGUGCGGUAUGAAGGAGCGGGCUCCAUCGUCUCCGCCGAGCACUCCGACCAUCAAAGCCUGUUGAUCGAACUUUUCUGUUUAUUCUUUUAAUUAAGCUUUGAGACUUUCAUGGUUCAAAUCCACGCCCCGAUUUUAUUGGGCUUUUCGGCCCAACAUCGACGCUCCUCACCGGGCCUUAUACAAAUCUCGUGAUGUUCAUUCUCAUUCAAGGCCCGAAUCGAGCCCAAAUCCACUCCGGCGAUUUCAGCCGCGUCAUCGAACUCGUAUCAUUCCG